AGGACGCGUCAAAAAGGGGGUCUGCUGGGUUGGCGAGGGAGGGGGGAGCGAGUGUUUCCUAACACAUCUGUAAACGGAGCCCACGCUCAUUAAUUAAAUGGCUUUGGUCGGGCUAGGCCUCAAUUUGCGCUGUUGAGCAGCAGGCGGCGGGCGGUGCAACACUAGAUGCCCGAUUGGCAGCCCACAAUCAGAGGGGAGGAGUCUGGAGAGACAGUGAGUUGUGAAAGCAAUGGAGUGGCAGAGUGGCUGUGCCCCCUGUGCCAAAAAAGGCAAACAGACAGAUCCUCCCUGUCUCUACAUCUCACUGAGCAACACAGCGUACUUCCAUCUUGUGUCGACAAACUGCUGGACAUUGCUGUUCUAAAACAGGCUGGCAGUGGAGGAGAAGAGGACAAAAGUGCUCUAAAGUCGUCAGGUGCCGAAUCCACACAACUGAAGCACACUGAAGACGUCUGUUCAGAUCCCUGCCAAUCUAGCGAGAGUUCAGACGCUACCCAGACGCUGGGAGACAAAGACAUGGAGGAAGAGAGAAUAAUGGAACAGGCGGGAGGUGAAGCUGAGCCGGAGCCAGAAGAGGAGGGAAAUCGAGUCACAGGAGCCAAACGGCAAAAUGCAACUGAAAACACAGCAAUCCCAGACAGUCGUGAAAAGACGGUUGGUAAAAAUGGUGCGCCAGCUGAAAAUAACACCCAGUCAUUCAAAUGCAAUGCCUGCCUGGAAACUUUUUCUGGCAGAACUGCCUUGAAAGUUCAUUACAACUCAGCGUCCCACAUUCAGAGGAUGACAACAGGCUCUGCAAAAAAAAGUGGGGACAUUAAUCCCCCGACUCCCCCAGUCCCUGUCCUGUCUCGGCCAUACAUAUCAAACAAACCCUACCAGUGUGCUGUAUGUCGAGUCUCUUACAAUCAUGCCAUCACCCUCGAGAGCCAUAUGAAAUCUGUCUUGCACCAGACCCGCAGCAGAAAUGCGGGAAUUGUUGCACUUGCUACAAACAGCGCAGCUGCCUCUGCUAGUUUGGGAGGUACCACCACCACCAGUGCUCUAAACACUGUAGUGACCACAUCUGGAAGUGGAACCAGUCAGUUAGUUAGCACCACCAACUGUGCUGCUCCCGGGACGUUAAUGGUGACUACCACAAAAGACGGCGAGCAGAUUCAAGCUUCCCAAGUGGCUCCCUCCCUCCUCACCUCCCCUGUGGCCUCGGCUCAGGCGGUCUCGGCCUUUCUCACCCUCCUCACAUCUAGUCCCAACACCCUCUCACACUCCCUCCUCCCCUCCCUGUUUGCGGCCGGUGCUGCUCCUGGUGCCACCGUACCUCAGCUCGUGCCUCAUCCUCAAAUGGUCAUGCCCUUGAUCUUGAAUGGGCUCCAAGCCCAAACCCAGCAGCACAUAGAGAACCAGCAAGGCCAGCUCCUGACCCAGUGUGUGCCAUUCGUAGGUCUCAGCACAGCCCAGCAAGCCCUCCUAACCCAAAGACUUAACAGCUUACAGAACCAGUGGCCCUCUGCAGGAGUUCCAACAAACAUGCAGCCCUGCCUGGACAAGCAGACUGUAAAGUGUGAGAGAGAACAAGAAAGACAGGACAGUGACGAGACACGAGAGAAGGUUUCAGAUCCCAUCAAGGGCGGGAAUAACUGGACUACAGAGAACAUUGAAUCAGAGAAACUGAUGGAAGAGGACGUUAAAGAAUCUGCACAGUGUCCUAAUGUAGAAGGAAAAGUGAAGGUUGAGAAUAACGAAGACAAUGGGAAGGCGCAUAGAGAUAGCACAACAGAUGGAGACAGCUCGACUAAUCAGUUGGACCUGGAAGGUGAUAAAGCAGCUAGCCUCAAUCUCUCCCCAGUGGGCACAGAGAAGAGCCUCCGUAAUAAAAAUGUCUCGCCUUCUGCAUCUGUGCCCAGCAACUCGAGCCUCAGUCCUUUAAAUUUAAACCUUACACUUAGCCCUGAUUCUACUCCUCAAAAAUCACAUUCGGGCACCAGCCCCUGUGGCUCUCUUGGCACCCCAAAAUCUAGCCCGAGUACAAAUGCCUUAACUAACAACCAAACUCGACCCCAUUGUAAUGCAAUGGGAUCCAUUUAUCCAGACCUUCCAGUGCUGUCAGAGUUCCAGUCGGAAGUUCUCUGGGCAUUCUUUGAGUCGCGAAGUGAGGCAGACGCUGCAAGUCCUCCCCGUGAGGACUGCGAGGCGCUGGGCAGAGAGGUGGGACUUUCUGAGGAAGGGGUACGCAAGUGGUUGAGCCAAGCCCGACAUGCAAAACGGAGGCAGAGGGCAACAGAGUUGAAACAUCUGCAACGCUUGGCAGGAUUCACAAGGCACGCCCAGAGUUCUGACUAUGACGACGAGGAGAACUCCCUGAUUAUAGCAGAAGGUGAGGAUGAUGUUGAAGCGUCGGGCAGUCAGGCAAUGGAUCUGUCCAGUACAAGAGGGAAACGCAGAAAGAGAGAUUUGGGAAGGGAGGGUCAGGGAGAUUCCUGUCUCACUUCUGACUCCGAAAAUGAGGUAUACACCUCUGUCAUUGUGUCUGAUGAGGAAAGCCAGAAUGGGUCUUUGAGGGAGGGCCCUGAGAGCCCUGCUAAAGAUGAAGCACAUUGGGAAGUCCAUGGUGAUAAGGGGCCAGUUGGAGGAAAGGUCUUGCGCUCCACAACUGUGUUUCUCUCUGAUGCAGAGGAUGAGUAUGAAGAUGAGGAGGGCGGAGGGGGUCAGAGAGCAAAGAGGAAAAAACGAAAGGGGGAGUUUGAGCGCGAUGAGGUGGAGGUAAAGAAGGAGAGAGAGGACCCCGAUGUGGAUCUAGAGUUGGAGGCCCAAGGGGAUCCUCCAAGUUCACAGUUUCACGCUGAGAUUCCAAUCAGUGCCCUCCACUCACUUCCACUGUCCCUUGCUCCUUUUUCUACUCAGUUCCUUAGCCCCUAUGUCCUCUCUCUCACUCCUUCAGUGGUUGAUGGGAGCAAAGUACCCAUUUUUCCUAACCCACCUACUAUCACACGCUUCUCCAGCUCUCUCCUCUCGCAGUCUCUCUCCUCCCACAGCCAAACUUCCCACUACCUGUCCAAUGGUGGCGACUGUGAGUCCGCUCUGGAUCUCAGCAUGGGGAGGAACAACAAAUCUGCUUCUUCCUCAUCAUCUCUGGCUGAUAAAAUUGCAGCGCAGAAGGGACAAUUGCUGGAUGGGCUUGGCUUGAGGCCCACAUCCAAAGGUCUGGUUGUCGUCCAGGUGAAGCCUGAACCCGUUACUUCCAUGCUGUCUUCCAACAGCAGCAUGAGUCUGUUGAACUGCAACAACAUGACAAAGUCUAGCAUUUACAUGAGGGCAGCAGAGAAAAUGAAUGCCACGCUAUUGGAAAAGGAGAGGGAGCAGGACCAGCAGCAGCAGCAGCAGCAGCAGCAGAGAAAGUCCAAAGGAAAAAGGUAUCGGGAUAUGCGACGUUCAAGGACCAUCAUUCAGGCUGAACAACUUGACAUUCUGUAUGGCUGCUAUUUCAAAGACCCAAAUCCUGGGAAACAUGAGUUUGAACAGAUUUCAGAGUGGGUCCACCUUCCAAAGAAGGUUGUUCAGAUUUGGUUCCAGAACAUGAGGGCGAGGGAACGAAAGGGUGAGGUCAGAUUCAUCAGCGAUGGGACCCUGGCAGCGGUUGGCAAACCUCUCAUCAAAUUUACCUGGCCUCUUUCCAAACCCAUUUUCUCAAACAAGCCUGCUCCAAAUAAUACCGGGUGCAUCACAACCACUCCAAUUGUGCGCACCCUCAUUAAGACAGAGAGAGAUCCUGUGAAGGAGCUGGGCAAACCUGCCAUGGUGAAAAAAAUAGCCCCAGUUCCUAUCAAGCCCAAAGAGGUUGUUUCCUCUACGACAGUGUCUCCUGUGAGCAGCAGCAGCAGCAGUGCUUCUGCAGUGCCAAAGACCAAGCUCGAAACCACCAGCAAUGUCACUAUGGUCAAAGUUGCACCUAAAGUCCUCACCCCUGUCCUUUUACCGCCACCCAAGGAUCCAAUCCCCAUUGCCCCACGACCGGCCCAGAAACGAAAGCUAGAAGAGGAGAGCGAGGAAGAAAAGACCGAUGACGAGAAAGACGACGAAGACGAGAUGGGUUCUGGACCGGGAACCACUAACCGCAUGGUGCCCAAGCUGCCCACAACUCCCAUCAACAACAGGCCUCAUGCCACAACAGUGGUGUCACAAAAACAGAACGGGCUCAACUACUGGACCCCCAAGGUCCCAAUUAAGAUCAACACUCUAUCGAGAGAACAACUGGCUCUUCCAACACAUGCAUCUCGUACCAUCCCCCCUCCUCCAACCCCCAGCAUCGCGCCAGUUAGCCCGAACACCCCCAGCUCUGCCAAAGUGGCCAGCCCCUCCACCCCGGUCCUAGCGAAAUCAAGCCCGACAGAAAGCAGCUUUCUGCCCCACUCAUCCAGCCGUAGGCCACGCACGCACUUGUCCUGCCUACAGCUGUCCAUUCUGCAGUCCUGUUACGAGACCUGUGCCCACCCUAACGCCAUGGAGUGUGAGGCGAUCGGCACCGAGCUCAACCUGCCGCUCAAGGUGGUGCAGAUUUGGUUCCAAAACACCAGAGCCAAGGAGAAGCGCUGGAGGCUGCAACAAGAGAAAAUGUCUCCUCUGUCAGGUGGAAAGGUGGACAUGAGCUCAGGAAGCUACCUGCAGUACAACGCUCUCAAAGCCAAUCGUCCCAUCCUGCCCAAACCUGUUCAGCUGACCGUCACCGACCCUCCAGCUUCCCCGACGGCCGGCCAACCGGUGCCAAAGGAGACCCUGACGGGCCGCUGUGAUGCCUGCAACGUCUCCUUUGAAUCCCGGGCUGCAGCGAGGGCCCACGUCUUCUCCCCGCGACACCUGGCGACCCUGAGAACCACUAACUUUGGCCAGCCGACAACACUCGUCAACAAGAACGGAACCGGUAACGGAGGAUCUCACUCCACUCCGGUAACCAGCUCUGGAGGGGAGGUGGUGAUUGAGUUGCCUCCACCGACGGCCACCAGCAACAGUUAAAGACUCGGAUCAGGAUUGGUCUGCACACUGACUAUUCUUGGACCCAUUUGGGCUCCUCAGAUUUUAAUAAACAAAUUUGAGCACUAAUCCUCAAAAGCUAAUAUUCUUUAGUUUUUGAAGUUGGCUCCCCCUGCACCCGCUAUCCUUUUGCUUAACGUUCACUGACUUGAAAUCCGUUGAUCUAUAGCGCUCACCUGAAAUCCAAUCCAACAGCAGACUAUUUCCUUGCUGCUUCACACUGACUCAGUUGCUGUCUGAUAAGUGAUGAACACAUCUCAAGUCUCCUUCAAUCCUUACACACUUUAUCCAAAACAUGUUUGAUCCUCAGCCAGUGGUUAUAUAUGUGUAUAUAUAUAUAUGU